AUGAAAGCGGUUAGAUUAAUUGAUCAACUUUCUCCUCGUACACAAUAUGCUGAUUGGAUUAAUACUAUUGGAAAUAUAUUUUUCGAAAAAGAAUUCUAUGAUUAUGCAUUAGAAUGUUAUUUAAUAGGCUUAAAGAUGAGACUUGAUUGUCUUCCAAAUGAGCACCUUGAUAUAGCUGAAAGUUUAAUGUUUUUAGGUGACGUUUAUAUCAAAAAAGAUUAUUUAAAUCAAGCUCAAUCUUAUUAUGAAAAGGCAUUGAUUAUUUAUGAAAAUAAAGAACAUGUUAAUAGUAAUUAUGUUUUAAGCUCUAUUGGAACUAUCUAUG